GUGGGUCUUGUAAGUCUACAAGAUGGCUACAAGAUAUAGCCAGCUCAAUAUUGAUAUUCAUACUCUGAAGCAGAAGACUGGGGUAACAAACAGACACCCAGCUAGACCAAAGAAUUGAGCAGGAACAAUUGAUGAGCUUAGCCAGUUUACUUGGCAGCUAUGAAAAGUUUGUCCCAGGAUUUAAUCUCAAUAAUUCUGAUACAGCGGAUCUGAAGGAUUGUGCCUUUAGGAGUGGCUAUCGACAGGCUAUGUAUGAAGCUUUGAAGAAAUGGGACAACAAAAUCCUUGACUUCACUUAUCGGUCGUUGUUGGAAAUUUUGAUUAGUCUUUGUGAAGGAGCUUUGGCUGACCAAGUGUGUAGGACUUUCAUCCAGACACAAACCAGUGAGCUGAAUAAAGAAGACGCUGUGUCCUUGUCACCUGCACCAGGUCGAUCACCUCUGACAGAGCCACCAAUUCUUGAUCCAAUUGAACCAAAUUUGUUGGCAACAGGCACUGCAACUGCUGACUGCAUACAACAAUUUGAGACGAGAUUUAUGGUUCUACAAAAGAUAGCUCUUAAAGAAAUAACUGAGAAGCGAAUACCUGUGACUGAGUUCCGCCAAGCACUCAUGAUAAUGCCAAGCUCCAUCAAAAGUGAACACAAAGUUUUUAUCUUAUCAAAACAUUCCUUGUUUGAAAAAGCAGAAUCGAUCGAAAGCAUAUUUGUGCAUCUCAGUUUCUACCUAAGCUUUAUUGAUUUCAGCCUUCUUGAGCAUAUCAUAGAGCAAUUUUGUAGUGAUAGUCUGAAACGAGACAUGAGCAGCUAUGCAAAAGACAUGAGACAGUUCAGAAUGAACACCCCCGUUAGCGAAGCACUUGACCAUCUACCGAGAAAUUCAGAUCCUCCUGCUGGUUACUCUCGUCUAAAAGCGAAAUUAGAUUUUGAUGUUAAAACUGCAACUCUUGAAGAUGUAGACACGUACAGGAAACGUUUUGCUAGUGAUUUCGCACUCUCCCAGCUAGCUCUUUCUUUGUUUGACCUCCAGGAGAGCUCACUACUGGUUACAUGGCUAGUCCCUGCUGCUGUAGGAGCAGUGAUCAGUGACCAAGUGCAGAAGAAAAGUUCUUCUUUCUUUUUAAUCAACAAUAUUCUCAAGCUAUCACUCGAAGGAGAAUGUCUCUACCCUUUCAUGCCGAUGGUAAAGGUAAGUGUUUAAUUCUGCCCCUAAUCCGAUGAAUUUUGUCUCUACAGGUUAGUCAGUCAGGUACAGAGGGAUCUGGAGGUGCUAUGAUUGAAGCUGGAGCUUCGAUCACUUGUAAACCACAUCAAAGGAUAGCGGAGCGAAUCAACCGCAAACCUAA